GUCAUUAAUCAUCUUAGGCUUCUCGGUUUAACAUCUGUAUAUAAAUUAUAAAGAUCGCUCCGGCUCUCAUUUUCACUACCGGUCUUUCUCUCUUUUUGACGACUAUCACGUUGCACAGAUACCAGCUUUCGUUGACUUUUCAGUUUCUCAUUCUGUCGAGAUAAAUUCGAUACUGUAUGGCUGAAGACUUAAUUCCCAACAAGAGGAUCUUCAAAGAUCCAGUUCAUGACUAUGUGGAGUACGAUCCGUGGAUUUGCAGCUUCAUAGACACACCUCACUUUCAACGGUUGAGAUAUGUAAAACAACUAGGACUCUCAUACCAUGUGUACCCAGGAGCAUCUCACAAUAGAUUUGAGCAUUGUCUCGGCGUUGGCCAUUUGGCCAGGAUGAUGACUCAACAUCUUCAGAAGAUUCAACCGUCCUUGGGGAUCACGGAUGACCAUAUACGAUGCGUCGAGCUUGCUGGUUUGUGUCACGACCUUGGUCAUGGGCCUUGGUCCCAUGUCUGGGAUGGCCAUUUUAUCCCAAAGGCACUUCCUAAUCACCCAAAAUGGAGUCACGAGCAAGCGUCGGAAAUGAUGUUCGAUGACAUGGUGAAGAAGUACAGCCUUGAAAUCUCACCUGAGGAUGUAGAGACUGUGAAGGCACUUAUUUCUGGCAGGAAGGAGCGAUGCAAGCUUGGAACGACUAUGCCGUUUUUGUUUGAGAUCGUUGCCAACGAUGUCAAUGGCAUUGACGUCGACAAGUUCGACUACAUCGCUCGUGACUCCCACUUUGUCGGCGAAAAACGCAACAUUGCUACAGCAAGAUUAAUUCAUUCCGCUCGCGUAAUCGACGGUCAAAUAUGCUAUGACAUCAAGGAUUCAAACACAGUCUAUGAGUUAUUCUCGACUCGUUUUUCGUUGCACAAAAAUAUCUAUAAUCACAAAACUACUCGUGCGAUCGAAUACAUGAUGAUGGACGUACUUCUCAUUGCACAGAAGCACAUGAAGUUUGCGGAAUACAUCGACGUGCCUGAAAAGUAUCUCCAUCUCACGGAUGAACUCUUCCACCGCAUCCACAUGACCGAAUCAGACGAACUCGCACCAGCACGCAAUAUCAUUGACCGCAUCCAGACCCGUGACCUCUACCGCCAGGUAGACUACAAGAUCAUCGACUGGGAUGACAAGGAAUUUUGUCAGGCACAGAUCACGCCUGGGAGUAUCGUCCAUGCUGCUAAGCAUGCCAACCUUCCUGGUGUUGAAGAGAACCUUGUCGCUGAGCUCACUGUUGACCACGUCAUCGUGGAUGUGAGCAAGAUGCACUACGGCAGAGGAGUGGACAAUCCCAUCUAUCAGGUCAAAUUCUACAGCAAGCAUAAUCCAAAUGUGUGCCGGCGGGCUGAGUCAGGAGAUGUCUCGCUUUUGAUGCCCGAGAAGUUUUGCGAGCUCCUCCUGAGAGUUUAUACAAAAGAAGAACGAUUCAUAGGUCUUGUACAAGCCGCAUACCGGCAUGUGCUCAGGUCCUUUCCUAUGCCGGGUGGGACAGCGGAAACAGCCACCAUAGUACCAACACCUCCCGCUACUGAGGCGCCUUCUACCCCAACAGCACUUACGUCUGCCCUCGGUCUUGGUGUACCUCAGAGCCGUACUUCAAGACCUUUUGGACGCACACCCAGCUUCUCCGACAACCAAUUCACCACACUUCCUCCCAAUUGUCAGAGUCGCUCACCAACGAGGAUGACAUCACGAAGCUCGAAGAGGACCAGGGAAGCAAGUGUCGAGCUAGACAUCGACAAUCCUCCUCCGAUAAGGAAGAGUAUGCGUUUGGCGUCAGCGUCUGGGUUGACAAAGUGAUCGGACAUCCUACCAUAGUCCUGAUGGGCUCGGCUGUUCUCCGGUUUCCUGUUGCAGUGUCAGACUCUUGCCUUCGACGUAUUCCCGUUCCUUAUUCAGCCUGUAUCCAUUCAUGAUUCUUUGAAAGGGAGGAUUCGCUUACCAUACACAUUUUAUAACACUUCGCACUCUAUACCAGUAACAUAACAUAUAUACUUGCUUGGCACCCUUGCGACACCCCGGCGGGUCAAACGGUUACAAGCUCCUUGGGUGUUUGGUUCCUGGCGUUCCGUAGAUGCUUCAGACAUCCAAAGGUUUGCAGAG